AUGAAGACUAUUCUGGUAGUGCUUGGUUUGGCUCUUGCCGUCGCCGCGGUACCUCCGGUGCCCAUCAACAACGACUACCACACGACCAUCGGUAUCCCCGAGGCAGCCAGGAUCAAGGCCGCUGAGGAGGCCCAGGACUUCGAUGGAGCCAGAAUCGUCGGUGGUGUACAUUCGUCCCUCGGAGCUUUCCCUUACCUGGGAGGUUUAGUCAUCAGCCUCACAAAUGGUCUCACUUCCGUGUGCGGCUCCUCCCUGGUCUCCAACACCAGGCUCGUGACUGCCGCUCACUGCUGGAGGACCAGGAGCAACCAGGCCAGACAGUUCGUCGUCGUCCUCGGCUCCGUCCAACUGUUCUUCGGCGGUACUCGUAUCACGACCACCAAUGUUGACGUACACGCCAACUACAACAUGGACAACCUCAACAACGAUGUCGCCAUGAUCACCAUCAGCUGGGUCAACUUCUCCAACAACAUCAACCGCAUCAACUACGCCACUGGCACCAACAACUUCGCCGGCACCUGGGCCACCGCCGCUGGAUUCGGUGCUACCGGUGACAAUGUCGGAAUCUCCACCAACCAAGUGAUGAGCCACGUCAAUCUCCAAGUGAUCACCAACGCCGUGUGCGCUGCCACUUUCGGCACAAACACCAUCAUCGCCUCCACCCUCUGUGUCAGCGGCGCUGGUGGCCAGAGCACCUGCGGCGGAGACUCCGGCGGUCCCCUUGUCGCCAACAACCAACUGAUCGGUAUCACAUCUUUCGGCUCCAGCUUGGGUUGUGCUCGUGGCUUCCCCGCCGGUUUCGCCAGAGUUACCUCCUUCGCUUCCUGGAUCCAGGCCCGCAUUUAA